CCCGAAACGUCGAUUCUCCUGUUCCCUAGAUGCUGCCUGACCUGCUGCGCUUUUCCAGCAACACAUUUCCAUCUACAGAGUCGAUAGCCAGUGAUCAGGACCCCUGCCCCCUCUAGCUCACUUCUGCAGGAUAAACACAGACACGCCAAAUAAAAAGACAAGUGCUAAUAGCAGUAUCCUCUCAACACCUGUCUUCUCUGCUAACGGCUUUGGCAAUGCUGGGUUUCACAAUGCUGAGCUGCCAAUUUUAAAAACCAGUUGUGGCUUUCAAAAUAGAAUUGGAUAAGUACUGGAAAAGAAAAGGUUUGUGGGGAAAGGGCAGGGAAUUGAGAGCAGUGGAGUUGCUCUUGUAGAGAGCCGGCACAGACGUGAUGGGCUAAAGGGACUGUCUCUACGUCAGAGCCAUUUCAUAUCUAUCUAUAUCCAAAAGCACUCUAUUCUAAUGCAGGCUGCACAAUACAACCAACAAGAAAGAGAGUCUCAUGACAGUGUGAUGCUGAUCCAGUCCAUCAUUUUCCUCAUCUCUUCUGUUCAGGAGAGACAAAUUUAUGUGUUACUGUUAAUAGAAUGUGCUGCAGCAAAGACAUCAUGUUUUAUUAAUACAUGUUAAUGCUGUGUAAAGACUUUAAAUGGUGUUGCAGUAAUUCUAAGACUGUUGUUCUGAAUGAUCGAACCUGAAAGUAACCAGAUUUAUGGCAGACACACAGUCAUCUCUGCAGCCCACAGGGAAUAAAAUCACACUGCUAUCCCCAAACUACAUUUAAUAUUUAUAUUGUUUUUCCUGUAUUUGAAGGCAAAAACUCUGUCUCCAUUUUGCACAGACUAUAAUCUAUGUUGUGUAGAAUCAUCAGCUAAUUCCUCUGAUCAGAUGACUCCGCCAUGAUGAGUUUUUUUUAACAUUUCCGCAGAUGGCAGCAAACCAAAAUUAAAGGGCAGAUUUAUUUGCUUUGUGCAUGCACAUAAAGGACCCCUUUUGGUGCUAGGAUAAGGGGUCAAGAAAGAUUGCUGACUGUGAUGUAGCCUGUCCAUUAAUUUUCCUCUACACAGUCUGGCAAGGUGUCGAAUAAAACUCAGAUACAAGAAGAGGAUAAACUGCUAUCAGCACUCUUUUUCAACAGGACAAGAUUAUUCUGUUUGUAGCUACGGCAUGACAAUUAUCCUCAAGAAAAAUUAAAAUAUUUAACUCAAUACAUUCUCAGGUCCUGUACCAUGCUCCAGUACAGGGCCCUAUAGGGACUCUGGUGUAAAAUUUGAAACAGAUAUCGAGCAGGUUUUUGUGUUCUGUUUCCUGCUUUUUAAUCGACUUUUGAUAAUGUCUCACGUUUUCCCAGCAGUGUUAAUCUCAUUCCUAUCUCUGGUAUUAAAAGAGCUCUCAUUCAUCAAUGCUCGACUCAUCAGGAAUUAGCCACCAUUAUUCACAGUUUCCCUUAGUAUUGACGUACAUGAGAAUGUAAAAUGGGAGACUUCUAUAAUGAGUAGUAAUCAUAAUAUCACCCUCUUUACAUACUUCCAAAAUUAAAAUAAGCUCCGUCUCCUUCAGCACAUUCAGUCCUCUCUCAAUUGUCCCAGUGUUAGCUCAGUCACAUUUCCAUCACUGUGAUAUGAUCAUCUUUACAGGAACUUCUGGAAGUUGAACUAAUGAGACAUCUUGAAUCCCAGCAGUGGAGUCUUUGUACCAGAGCCUUGAGAAUCAUUGAGAGCUUCAUAAAUACUCAAGAACCUCUGGUUCCCAGAACUGCUGUUUUCCAGUAGCCAGCGUUGUCUCACACACCUCUUCAAAGCCUAUAUGAUUACAACAAGAGACAUUUACCUCCUUGGACAAGUUAAUUAGUAGAAUCAAGCUCCCUGAAGAUAACUUUCAAGCAGCUCUGAGCAAGUCAGAACAUCAACAAUAACAGAAGGGUUGAAAAUGAAUUUCAUCAAUUUAAAUUAUCAAACUGUGAGUUCUGAAGAUGAUCAUAGGAAGUUUCUAAAAAAUGGUUGCUACAUACAAGUCAACAAAAGACGAUACAGAAAACGGUUUCUCCGCAAAGAUGGGAACUGCAACAUCCAUUUUAAACGUGCAUUUGGCGAAUGGGAAAGUUACUUUUCUGACAUUUUCACAACACUCAUAGAUCUCAAAUGGAGACAAAUGUUUCUGAUCUUCUCCUUGUCCUAUAUAUUGUCAUGGCUCUUUUUCGGUUUUGUUUAUUGGAUCACAGCGGUUGCCCAUGGAGAUUUGCAGAUUGAAGAAGAAAAUCAUGUGCCCUGUGUUGUUGAAGUUCACAGCUUCACUGCUGCUUUCCUAUUCUCUAUUGAAACGCAAACAACUAUUGGCUAUGGAUCUCGCUGUGUGACAGAAGAGUGCCCUUUUGCUGUUUCCAUGGUGACUUUCCAAUCAGUGAUAAGUUGUUUAAUUAACACCUUUAUCAUUGGUGUUGUAGUAGCCAAAAUGUCUAAAGCCAGAAAGAGAGCUCAAACAAUUAGGUUUAGUAAUAAUGCAGUGAUAGCAGUAAGAAAUGGGAAACUAUGCAUGAUGUGGCGUAUUGGAGAUUUCCGUGAGAGUCAUAUCAUUGAGGGUACUGUUAGAGCUCAAUUACUCCAAUUUAAGGAAUACGACGACAAUAAGCUGUCCAUGGAAUACCAGGACUUGUAUAUAGUCACGGGCAAUAUCAUUCUCAUUAGUCCUGUCACUAUUGUACAUGAAAUCAAUGAAAACAGUCCACUCUAUGAGCUUAGUAAGAAAGACUUAGCUGAAGGUGACUUUGAAAUCAUAGUUACAUUUGUCUAUUCUGAGGACUCAACAGGUAAUACUCAUCAGUCUCGAAGUUCAUACACUCCUCUGGAAAUCUUAUGGGGUCACCGCUUUAAUGAAGUUCUCAAAGACAAGCCAAGUUACUAUAAAGUUAACUAUUCCCAGUUUCACAAAACUCAAGAAGUGACAACACCAGAAUGCAGUGCCAAGGAAUUGUAUUCCACACCAGAACAUAGCAUCAAUGUCCUCACGGUAGCUGGAUUGGACAGUGAAGAUGGAAAGUGUGAGAGCACAGUCAUUCCAAAUAGCAAUGGAGAGAACGGUGAAGAACAAUAUGUGUACCCAAAGCCGGAAUUUACAUUCAGAAACCUCUCUAUGGAGUCAGAACUAUGAUUCUUGCCUUACUAUUGCUAGUGCCCUUUCUGAACACUGCACUGGGGUUCUUAACAGCAGUAAAAUGGGGAAAUAGUUAUUAGGAAUAGGGUGAAUUGAAACAAAUUGGCUACUGGCACUUUUGUAAUUCUGAUUUAAAGACAUUCAGAAAUGUGGAUUAAUGGAUAAAGUCAGCAGCAGAUAGAAUGAUUUCUAAACUCUUUUGUCAUCCUCUAUGUUAGUUUUAAUGAUGAAUUCUUACAAAUCAAACUAUAACACUUCAUCAUUCUCUUAAUUUUUCUUGCACAAAAGGCGAGGAUGCAAGUGAUCAAAACAUUAAAAGAUAGUUACUGUGAAAACAA